UUUUUUUUUUUUUUCUGCUUCCCUUUUUAUUUCAUUUUAUUUUCUCCUAUAUUUUUUAUAUCCAAUAUGUUUCAAAUUAUUCUUCGUGAAGGUAUCACUGGUGGAUUUGUAGGUCCAACUAUAAAGCAAAUGGUUGAAAUCCGUGGUGAUGAUACUGGUGCUUCUAUUGUUCAUGCUAAUUUGAAACCGGCGACAAAAACCGACUAUACCACUCAAACUGGCCAAUUAGCUGCUGAAGAUAUCAAGAACUUGACUAUGUCAUUGAAAGAAACACUUGGACAACUUCCUGUAGAAGAACCUAUUGGUAGUGAAGAUAUUUAUGGAUUUGAUACAUCGAUCGCCUUUUUUUCCGAUGAUGGCUUCCAAUGGCAAAACGGUGGUCCUGAAGGUUGUGGUCAUCAACCAUCUUCCAUACAAGCUUCUCCUGAACAAAAGCAAGCAUUCCAAGCACUUAUCCAAUCAUUGAUCAAGGCAGGACAACAAUAUGCAUUACAAGCACAAGAAUAGAUUUGGAUCCUUCUUAUAGCUAUUUUGUAGGAUUGUUUGAAUUGAUUUUUUUUUUAUUUAUUUAUUUGUAUGAUAUCAAUAAAGUGAUUCCCUCAUUUGAUAUAAAAAAA